UUUAUGUUAAGUCUUCGGGAAUUCCCAGAAAACGAGUCACGCUAAAGUUUACAUCUCCCAAGGAUGAUGUUCUGAUUUUUAAUUGAAACAAGACACCCGUGGUGUUAGUGCCUGGAUCCUUCCAUGGAACUUAUCAUUUGUUGGACUCCAUAUCUGUGACUAGGGUGCUAAGGAUUGUUUUUCAAGAGCUCUAUAAAUAGAUAUACUAGACUGAUGACAAAAUGACUAUGUUGCCAGUUAUCAUUACACUAUCUGCGUUGAUUCUAGGCGCCAAAAGUCAAUGGAUUGUUUUCCUUGAGAAUAAUGCUACAGAAACACUUCAUCAUUGUUCAGACGAUGGCAGUGAUGCAAGAGGUCAAGUUGAUCUCAAGGGGCAAGCCAACUUUACGAAAAAUAUGUUACCCUUCAUUGUUGUUUCUGCAACACCUCUUGGAGGGAGAGAAAAAGACCUGUGUGUAAUUGGCACUGAACAGAAAUGCAAUGAAGCCAAUAGCACAAAAGAGUGCUACUGCACUCCAACAGAGGCUGCCAACGUCUAUCUUUUUGUGCUAAAUAUUUCUUCCAAGCCUGAACUUUUAGGAGGAAAAAUCAAAGCAAAGUUGAUUUACGAUGACUCCUCAGUGAUAUCUACUGAAAUAUUGGUUCCUGAGUUCAAGGAGGCUAAGGAAGUCAUGGAAACUGCAGUGACCAUCAAUGGUAAAGAUGUUGGCCAGGACUGCAAGGAAACUAUCAAGGUCAAAGACAAUGAGCUAAAUAUAGAAGCUAGCUGCCAAAGCUCCGGCUAUCCAUGUUAUCUGGAGCUCUUGAUUGAGGGAAGCAACUCUAGUCACGUGAGGCUGGGAAACAUCUCGUUUCAGAAUGAGUUGUAUGAUGAACUUUCUCUACGAAUUCAUCUACGUACGUCAAGGUGCGCCAAAGGAAAAUUUGUAGAAAGGUACACUUGUAAUAUAGAGUUUGUUGCUGAACAGAUAACCCAUGAGGAAUCUUUUUUUAAUGAUACAUUCUUCAUAGUGAUUAUUGCAUCCGUCGCUGUAGUCCUGAUUUUAACUAUAAUAUUAGUCAUCGUAAUUUUCAGAAGACGGCGCCACAAACGAAAGGCUCUGAUCAACAACCAAACUGAGGCUUUAACCAACUUGACUUCUUCACACACUUCAGAGGAUCACGUGAUAGAAGUGACUAUUCCACCUGAAAAACCAAAAAGAACUUUUGUUUACCAGAAGGAUACUAAAGAAGACAAUGAUCAUGCAGCGAUGCUCCCAGAAUAUGAAGAAAUUCAAGAGACUAAUGAAAUAGUCUGAACAUUUGAAUGGCAUACAUACCCUGGCUUCUGUCUCAAUUCCAAGACGUUAGUGCUGAAUUAUUCAAACCUUACACAGGAACAAUUUUUGGUAAAGCCACAAGGACAAUUCACCCAUUGGCCAUUAACACUUUUAAAAUCUGGCCAAUUUGGACAUUUUUUUUAAGCUGCCAUAUCCUGGAUCAUUAGUUCAUUACCACAUAUUUAAUUGCUUAUUAUACAGUUAUGAAUAUGUUUAGCAGUAUUAGGAGUAAAAUACAAAAGUCAAAUUUCAUAAGAAUCUUAUAUUAAUAACAUUGUAACAAAGAUUUACUGCUGCAGGACUAAACAACUGUACAGAUUGUAGGCUAUAUUAAAUUACAUAGAGGUAGGCAUGCCAGGCCAAGUAUAAAAAAAAAAGAAUGUUAAGCAAAUAGGCCUUCAUCAGCUACCAAACAUUUGUUUGUGACAUUUGUUUGUUAUGUAGCUAAUGAAGGCCUGGUGGCCCAAAUGCCCUUUGUUUUUUUAUUUUGGUCCGACAGGGUUACAGAUGUGUGUGAUUAUUACUUGGUCCGACAGGGUUAACGAUGUGUGUGAUUAUUACUUGGUCCGACAGGGUUACCGAUGUGUGUGAUUAUUACUUGGUCCGACAGGGUUAACGAUGUGUGUGAUUAUGUUCAUUUCUAUACAGUAUCUUUAUGUGCCUAAAACGAAAAAGAAAGUGACCUCUUCCAGUUAAAGCAACAUUUUUAUAUAUGAUAUUGCAUUCGAUAGGAUUAGUGCAGAGGCGUGCUAUUGAAGACUUGAAAGAAUAGGCAAAAAGAUAUAUUUAUAGGUCUGAAGUUGAAAGGUUAAGGGUUAGAGUUCAGAAUGUCAUACUCCUGCAGCCGUAAAACUUUGUACUUUUUGAGUCCUGUUGAAAGUGUUCACAUACAUGUGUGUGUUUGAAAGUGUUCACAUACAUGUGUGUGUUUGAAAGUGUUCACAUACAUGUGUGUGUUUGAAAGUGUUCACAUACACGUGUGUGUUUGAAAGUGUUCACAUACACGUGUGUGUUUGAAAGUGUUCACAUACACGUGUGUGUUUGAAAGUGUUCACAUACACGUGUGUGUUUGAAAGUGUUCACAUACACGUGUGUGUUUGAAAGUGUUCACAUACACGUGUGUGUUUGAAAGUGUUCACAUACACGUGUGUGUUUGAAAGUGUUCACAUACACGUGUGUGUUUGAAAGUGUUCACAUACACGUGUGUGUUUGAAAGUGUUCACAUACACGUGUGUGUUUGAAAGUGUUCACAUACACGUGUGUGUUUGAAAGUGUUCACAUACACGUGUGUGUUUGAAAGUGUUCACAUACACGUGUGUGUUUGAAAGUGUUCACAUACACGUGUGUGUUUGAAAGUGUUCACAUACACGUGUGUGUUUGAAAGUGUUCACAUACACGUGUGUGUUUGAAAGUGUUCACAUACAUGUGUGUGUUUGAAAGUGUUCACAUACAUGUGUGUGUUUGAAAGUGUUCACAUACAUGUGUGUGUUAUUGCUGUUGAUUUGAAUAAACAAGCAGUGGUCGAGUGAGGUUUAGUUGUACAGUAUAUUAAGUAUACUUGUUCAGAAGAUAAGGUCUUCAAGAUGUGAUCAAGAGUAACUAAUAGAUAGAUACACACAUGGAUAGACAGAUAGAUAGAUGGAUGGAUGGGUGCAUGGUUGCGUGGAUGGAUAGAUAGACAGAUAGACAGAUGGAUGGAUGCAUGGUUGCGUGGAUAGAUAGAUAGAUAGAUAGAUAGAUAGAUAGAUAGAUAGAUAGAUAGAUAGAUAGAUAGAUAGAUAGAUAGAUGGAUAGAUAGAUAGAUAGAUAGAUAGAUAGAUAGAUAGAUAGAUAGAUAGAUAGAUAGAUAGAUAGAUAGAUAGAUAGAUAGAUAGAUAGAUGGAAACAAGGGUGAAUAGAAUGAUAGAAAGAAAGAUAGAACGUUAUUUAUUGAUUAAUUAAAUGAUUGAUUGAUUGAGGGUUGAUUGAUUGAUUGUAAGGUUGACAUGCAGGGUUUGAAGAAAGGUUUAUUCUCUAUAGUAAAUUAUAAAUAAGUGAGAGGUGUAGAGAGUGACAGAGAGAGAGGUAGAGAAAGGUAGAGAGAGAGAAAGAGAUUGAGAGAAAGAGGUAGAUAGAGAGAGGUAAGAGAGAAAGGGGGUAGAGAAAUAGAGAGAGAGAAAGAAGGAGAAAAAUAUGAAAUCUACUCAAAUCUUGUGACUAAAGCAGGGCAUCCUUUAUAACACUUAUUUCGCUUAUAUAUUUUCUGGUUGUGAAUAGUUAUAUCUUUAUUAUUUGCCUUUUUUGGAUUUUUUUGAACCCUCAAGUGAAGUUGUGAUAUCUUUUCAGUUUAAUUAAGUGAAGUUAGUUUAGUUGUUUUUUCUAACGCCUCUAACGCUGUUGUAAAAUAUGUCAUUGUGCAUUUAUUGGCUUUGUUUGUUGUGAAUCUUUUACUUAUAUAUAUAUAUAUAUAUAUAUAUGAAAUAUUAUGAAUGGAACUAAAAAAAUAGCUAAAUGACCUGAUUCCAAUUUUUUAUGAAAACAUUGGCUUGUGUAUAAAUCUAUAUUUAGAAGCACGUGAUCACGAAUAUGAUGUUUUAUUCCCAAUGCUACAUAUGUCUGUAUUGAAUCAUGUCAAUGGUGAUCAUAUGAAAAGUUGUACAGAUCAUGCAGCAUGUUCAAGUUUCCGUCAUCGGCUAAUUACUUAAUCUUAACAUUUAUCUUUUAAACGCCAUGGAUUUUUUGUCAGUGAUCUAUUAGCCUGUAUUUUAGAUUUUCAUACAUGACGUAAAAAAAAAAAAACUAUAAAAAAGAACAACUUUGAAUAGCUGGCUAUUUGGUGUAUCCCGGUGUAAAGAAAUGAUGAUAAGCUUUGUUGUUUAGUUGUUUUUUUUUUUUUUGGAAGAUAGAACUCAUAGACCUACAAAAAAAAAAAUUCAAAAAUUUAUUAAAAAAAAAAAGAAAAAUAGCGUUGUUUUGUAAAGUAGUUAUAAGAAGUAAAGUUGUUUUAUAUAUAGAUAUAAUGCGUGAAUAUAUAGCCCACCGAAAAAUGGUCUUGCAUUAUUUCUAUACUUUGAAAGCUUAAGAUUAGUAGUUUUCUAAGACAGAAAAGCUCGGUUAUCCUACGGGAAGUCUUCUCUUGCAGCUUAAAACAUCUAGUCGGCAGUACGGAAGUUAGAUUCAUUGUCAUUUUCUUUUGAUUAAGCUUUAUACCUCACGCCUCUGGUAUGAAAUUAAUGUUAGUAGAAAUGAUUCAUCCAAUAACGAUCGUUAAAAUGACAUGUUUCUUAAAUAAAAUUAUUUUUCAAUAUCUCCCUAUCUAAAAAAAAAAAUCGCAGUGGAGGUUCUAGUCUGUUUUUACGUUUUAUAAUUUGUUAUUAUCUCUCUUGUUACUAAAAUUAGCUAGUCUCUUACAAAGUAGUUACCUAAGCAAGUGGCAAUGAUUGACGAUGUUUGCGGGAAGAAUGCUAUCUUUAGGCUCCCAGCAAGCCUCUUAGCUCGAUUCAAAUGUCUAAUUCAAAAUUCUAAAUCUUCUUUGGGAAAAUCUAGCGCCCCCCCCCCCCAAUGCCCUGCGCUAGCUCUGGGUUCAAGGCAGUGUAAGACUGCUCACGAUUUAAGGAGACCUCCAAAAAACUAAAUUCUGAACAAACAUCUUUAUUGAAAAAAAAAAAAAAGAAAUCUAUGAGAAGGCUAUUCAAUAUUCCAGAAUUCUUAUUCUUUCUUUACAACUUUGACAUGCUUAAUGUUAUUAAAUGCUGCCUGGUCAUGUGGUCUGCGCUCUGGACUGUCGUCUCGAUGGUCACGGGUUCGAAUCCCGCAAUCUGCCAUCCACCGAUGUCCUUCGGGAUGUUUAGGCUGCCAUUCUGAAGAAAAAUUAGAAAAAUAUAACAACAAAAAACAUUAUCUUAUCUUAUCAUAUCUUAUCUUAUAGAAUAUAGAUAAGAAACGUUACUUCAAAAAGAGAAGAUAGUAACUUCCUGCGCAUUUCAUGUAUCAAUCUAGUCAUAUAUGUUAAUCAGUGACUCAAACUCUGCUAAGUCGUUUGUUUUCCUGGCUGAUUCAAGCAACCCAUUCCACUCUCUAACAGCACUAGAGAAGAAGUAAUCACCUUUUUUUAUUGAAGUAACGUCUGCAUUUUAUAAGAUAAGAAUGAGCACUUGUAUGAAUUAAUAAUAGCAUUUGGAAUACACAAUUUGCUAAGGCUUAAACACCGUAGGGGCCUUCACGGAAAUCCUGUCAAGGGCCUUGCAUUUAAUUAACUCCGCCGCGGCCCCCAGCCCCAUAUAUCAUAGAACAUCCCAUUCAAUGUGUUUGUGUCAUGGCCAAAUAUGAUUGUUUUUUGUUCCUACUUUCUUCUUUAUUAGACUAAAGUUUUCUUUAAGCUUUAUAUUAUAAUUUCAUUACAAUGUGUUUUUAUAUUUGUUUUUACAAAUGCUCUUUUGAAUUCAAAUUGUAACAUGUGUUUUUCAACACAAUAAAAAUUUUGUCAUUUUAA